ACAGUUUCGUACAGAGUGUUCCAGGUCAUUGAUCUAGAAACUUUUGAAAAUUGUAAUUCAAUUCACCGCACAAAGACAGAAGAAGAUGGACGGACUGGAUCUGUGGAAAGUGUAGUUUUAAGUUCAUGGCUAUUGAUCAAUUGAUCCCAUACAAGGACCCCCCAAAAAAUUGAAGCAGAUUUGUAGGACCAUGUCUUAAUAUCGAUUACCUGGACAGUGGUUUAACCAAGCGGAUAUUUACACGAAUUUAGACAUGGCAGCGUCGAAAACAAUUUUUGUGGUCGCGUUUAUUUUGUGUGCAUUCGUGUUUGGGAACGGACAGCAAGCGUUUCACCCACAUGAAAAAUGUCAACUUAUUUCGAUUCCUUUAUGUAAGGACUUGCCGUACAAUUGGACAAUUAUGCCGAAUCUCUUAAACCAUCAGAAACAAGAGGACGCCGGAUUAGAGGUGCACCAGUUCUUUCCCCUUGUGAAGGUUCAGUGUAGCCCUAAACUGAAGUUCUUCUUGUGUACAAUGUAUGCACCAGUGUGUACUGUGCUGGAGGAGGCGAUUCCACCCUGUCGUGCCAUGUGUAACGAAGCCAGAAAUGGAUGUGAAUCGUUAAUGAAUAAGUUUGGAUUUGAAUGGCCGGACAGUUUAAAAUGUGAAAAAUUCCCGGAGAGUGGUAUGUGUGUUGGAGAAAACCGGACAGAUCCUGUUGAGUCUACCCCCCACCCCCCAGACACUGGGAAUGGGAAUCAUGGUGGUAGCAAUCCAGAAUUCCCCGUGUAUGUUCCCGAUAAUGAUCAGAAUAAAUUGAGACCAGGGUAUGGUGGGGAUGAAAAUCCAGAAGCGACCAACUUUUACCAAACUUGUCCCUCGCAGUACAGGAUAGGGCCAGGAUUUGACUACCGUUUGAAAGUGGGCUCUGUAGUGUACAUAAAUUGUGGUGCCCCAUGUGAAAACAUGUAUUUCAAUGAACAUGAACGACACUUUGCAAAAUUGUGGAUAGGUGUGUGGUCGAGCAUAUGCCUAGCUUCAACACUGUUCACCGUGUUGACUUUCUUUGUGGACAUGACCAGAUUUCGUUAUCCUGAGCGUCCUAUCAUCUUUUUGUCCGGGUGUUACUUCAUGGUUGCACUCGCGUAUGUCAUUGGGUUCUCUCUCGACAAAGAGGCAGCAGCAUGCAACCGAUUCAAAAACAGUCCAGAAGUGGAGCUUAUUACUACACAAGGAACAAAGAAGGAAUGGUGUACAAUUCUAUUCAUGAUGAUGUACUUUUUCAGUAUGGCCUCUUCAAUUUGGUGGGUCAUUCUGACCUUGACUUGGUUCCUGGCAGCAGGAAUGAAAUGGGGUCAUGAAGCCAUUGAAGCUAACUCCCAGUACUUCCACCUUGCAGCAUGGGCGGUGCCAGCCAUUAAAACCAUUGCCAUUCUAGCCAUGGGACAGGUAGAUGGUGACAAUCUGAGUGGUAUUUGUUUCACUGGGAUUUUCGAUGUGGAUGCCCUGCGAGGAUUUGUAUUGGCUCCAUUAGUUGUUUAUUUAUUAUUAGGAACCUCUUUCUUAUUAGCUGGAUUUGUUUCACUGUUUAAAAUCCGCACCAUUAUGAAAAGUGAUGGAACCAAAACAGACAAGCUUGAGAAAUUAAUGGUUCGUAUUGGAGUUUUUUCAGUAUUAUACACAGUUCCAGCUACCAUAGUUAUUGCCUGUUACUUUUAUGAACAAGCAUCUCGAGACACUUGGAUGUUACAUUGGUUUACCAAAGUGUGUUUAGCGUCAUCAACAGAUGCCCCUCGUGAAGGCAUUGAACUGCUUAAGUCAGGGGACAAACCGUGGCCCGACUUCAAUGUGUUCAUGAUCAAGUACUUAAUGACCGUUAUUGUCGGAAUUACCUCAGGGGUCUGGAUCUGGACCGGGAAAACCCUCAGUUCCUGGAAGAGAUUCUAUGCCAAAAUAUUUGGGUCAAGCAAACGGGAAAGUAAUGUGUGAAAACUUUGGAUGGCAAGCAAAAUCUUAAGUGGACUUUAUGACAAUUUACAAAAUGAUUGUAAAUUGAGAAACAUUGUCAGUUAAACUCUGCAGAAGAGUUUAAAAUUUUGUAUACCUUCCAAUGAUGCCAGUAUGUUAGCUCUUGAGAGUAUUUUCACCUUGUAUUGAGUGGCUGAGCUAAAAUCAUGUGUCCAUAAGAGCACACAUCCAAUGUAUGUGAGGUUGUUCAUGUGUAAGUGUCUUGUGUUUUUAUCAUUGUCGGACAGUGAACAGUUACAUUUCGCAUCUCCUUAUUAAACUCUCCUUAGUUCUUUUCAUGUGCCAAAGAAUCUUUUUUAUGGAAAGUCUGGAAGAAAAUAGGAAUAAUUUUUGCCCUUCAUUUCACAAUUGAAUGAACAAAGAUAAGUAAAAUAUUCAUACAUGUUACUUUGUUAUCAUAGGGUCUGCUACAUUUUGGAUUCAAUUUUUUUUUUUAGAUAGUGGGAAAAGUUCCUCUUUUGCUUUUAAAGUAUGUCAUAUAUUUCUUUUUAUUGAUUUAUACACUAUUUAAUAUAAAUUUACAUGUUUUAUAUGUACCGAUACGUGUCAACAUGUCAGUUUAUUUAGAUAUUUUUUACAACUUGUAAAUAAACAGUGUGUUUUGCUUUAAGUGAUAAAUCACCAUUUUACAUAUGUAUGGUGAGGCUUUGGUUGUAACAUAAUUGCCUCCAGGUCAUGGUCAGAUACAUGUAUGCCAGUUUUCAGGUGUGAAUGUCUGGCAGGUAAAUGAAUAUAUUGACAUGUCAUGCAUUUUUAGUAACUGGAUGUAUGAAGCAUCCUCUAAGGUGGGUUCUAUGUAAAGGACACAAAAUCUGACACUGUUAUGGAAAGAACUGGAUUUAUUUUAUAGAUUUUGAUGUUUUAAUGCUAAAUUUAUGAAAAUAGAUCAAUAUCUUGUAUGAAUUGGACAUAUUUGAAUUCUGAUUAAAACAGUCUUUAUCGCAAAAGAAACAAUAGAUGGAUUAUUUAGCAAAUAUGUAUUGUCUUUGGAAGCGUUUGUUAAUUGAUGACACAUUAGUAAAAGAAUGUGACAGUUUUUAUUAAGGAAAUGCAGAGUCUGCAGACCUAUUGAUUUUGUCUGCAACUAUUACAUGUUGAGUGUGAUGGUGGAGAAUUAUUUUUUUUAAUGCAGUCAUUCAGUACCAUUUACUGACUAUCAAACCUAUGUGCUUACUGGGUAUACUUUUGCACAAAAUGAACAAAAUUGACUUGGAUUAAAACUGGUUGUGUGCUACACACUUGUGUGUGAUACAAUUUUGGGCAAAUGUUUUGUCAAUAUUUCAGGCUACAAAAUUCUGAGAUUAAAAAAGAAAACGUUGCAUGUAUAUAUUUUCCACUUGAAGGAUAUUGCUCUUUUGUAGAGUGUAUAUUUAGUUCAAAGGUCAACAGUAUUGACAUACUUUUAUAAAUUAAGUCAAAUGUACUGCCUUAUUUAUUUGGUAUUGUAAGGUCCAUAAUCAAGUAACAUGUGAUUUGUUUGUCUGAAAAGAAAGAGUGCGAACAAAAGUUACAUUUACUUCGUUAAAAAAUAUCUAGAGCAAAUUGUUGUUUCACUGAAGGGAAUGAUAAAAUUCAUUGAUAGUGGAUGUAUCAUAUUUUGGGCUAAAGGAAUUUUGGCUUUGUGCCAGUUGACUUUUUAUUUUUGUGAAUCUUUUUAAAACACCUGGAAUUGUGAGUGUUUUAAGCUUUUUUGUCUGUGAGAGAUUGGGAUCUCUGCAUGCCUAAUUGUCAUUUUUAUCAACCAAUGCUCUAUGUGUAAUAAAGUCUAGUUAAAAAGUCA